UCGGUUUCCCAGUGUGGCGUGGGUGCUGUGGAACAGUGGAAAAGCCGAGCCGAGGAAGGGCAGGCAGGGAAGGGAAGCGAACCCCUCGUGACCGGCGGCGGCGGCGAAGGGAGAUGCCGCCGGAGAGGACGAGAAUGGAGGAGCUGUGGGAACGCGAGGUCGGCAGCCUCCCACCCAAGCGCUUCGCCAACUCCGUCAUGGCCUCCAAGGAGUAUGUGCAGUCUCUCAACAUCCAGAAGCGGCUACGGAAGCACAGGGGCUGCGUCAACACGAUAAGCUUCAGCGCCGACGGGAGCCUGCUCCUCUCCGGGUCCGAUGACCGGACCCUCGUGCUCUGGGACUGGCAGGAGGCGGCACCCACCUUGUCGUUCCACACCGGGCACAGAAACAACGUGUACCACGCGCUGUUCAUGCCCGUCUCGGAUGAUCGGAGCAUCGUCUCGUGCGCUGCUGAUGGGGAGGUGAUCCAUUCGCAGAUAGAGGAAGGGGGUCGCGUGAUUACAGACAAACUCGUUGAGUUGGAGUUUGCGGUACACAGGUUGGCUGUUGAGCCGGCAAGUCCUCACACGUUCUACUGCUGCUGUCAAGAUAGCUCCGUGUGGCAUUUUGAUCUCAGGGAGGGAAAUGCCAUGGAACUAUUUAAAUGUAGAGCUGCAGCCUAUUACCCUGGUGAAAACACCGCGCUCUAUGCUAUUGCCUUAGACCCAAGGAAGCCCUGUUGUUUUGCAGUUGCUGGAUCAGAUCAGUAUGUAAGGAUAUAUGAUACCCGCAAGAUUUUUGUGGAUGGGAAUUCUAGUUCCAGUCGCCCAAUUGAGCACUUCUGCCCUCCACAUUUGAUUGCUCGAGUUGAAGAAGAAAUAACUGGUUUGGCCUACUCACAGACCAGUGAGCUAUUAGCGUCCUAUAGUCAUGACGAUAUCUACCUUUUCUCAAGAGAGCACGGUUUACACUUCAACAAUAUUGAGGUCGAUAAACGACUCCUGAAGGAUGUGACUGAGCUUUCCUUUUCCUUUGUUGAUAAGUUGCCCAUACCUAAGACAUUCAAGGGACACGAGAACGUAGAAACCAUGAAGGGGGUCAACUUCCUUGGGCCCAACUGUGAUUUUGUUACCUCUGGGUCAGACUGUGGCAGUAUAUUUAUUUGGAGAAAGAAGGAUGCAGAACUGAUCAGAGCGAUGCGUGGAGAUAAGCGGAUUGUAAACUGUGUCGAACAGCACCCUUGUGGGAUUGUUCUAGCAAGUAGUGGCAUUGAUAAAGAUAUUAAGAUUUGGGAACCUGGUGAAGGUGAAAACCUCACCAUCACUCAAGCUCACGAGGAUGAUGAAGAUAUUUGGAUCUCCAGUGAUUAUGAUUCUGAUGACUUUAUUAUCAGCGACGGCUUUGGUUAUGUGAUUGACUUGGAUCCUGCCCAUUUAUACGAAAACGGUGAUCAUGAAUCUGAGGAGGAUGAAGAUACAUCGUCAGAGGAACAUGAUGACGGAGAUAACAGUGCCAAAGAAGACGACGAUGGUGACAAUGGUGCUGAAGAAGAAGAUUUUGAUGGUGGAAACAGUGCUGGAGAUGAGGGCGAUGAUUGAUGAUGAUAUGAUAGGUGAGGGAGAUUGCAUUCAGCCAUUAGAUCAAGAAUAGCUGAUUCUGUUGCCGUUGUAGUUGUAGCUUUGUAGGUUAUCUUGGGAGGAGCAAAGGCUUACAAAAAAACGAAAAACAUGCUUAGCUAGGAUUAUCAAGAGUUUAUUUACGAUGCCUCCUAGGUUACUGUUUAAUGUUCCUCUUCAUUGCGUAAUAUUUAACCUGUAUAUAUCUUUCGUCAGGAUUGAGAUAAUCUAGCAUAGUCAUGUAAAUGUAUUGUGAAAACAAUUAUUCCAAUGAGAGACUGACAUCAGAGCAACUUUGGACCAUGAUGUUGAAUAACAUCAAGUAUUCAGCCA